CACAACUUAAUUCCCUCUCUUUAAUACCCUUCAAAACUCAUCAAACUUCCACAAAUAUGUUGAUAAAGAAACAAUCUAAUCGUAAAGACCAUUAGUAGCUCCAAGACUACUAUUUAUUGUAUUCACUCAGAUAAAAUGGGCAACUGCUUAUUCGGCGGCUUGGGAGACCCCGAUGGAAUGAUCAAAGUCAUCACAUCAAACGGCGGCGUUAUGGAGUUCUUCGCUCCGAUCACGGCCGGAAGCAUCACCGGAGAGUUCCCGGGCCACGGCAUCUUCCGAAGCCACGAUCUCUUCUGGAAGCCUCUGCCUCACCAUGAAGACCUCGUCGCUGGACAAUCCUACUACCUUCUUCCUAUCAACGUCCCCGCCGCCGGCGACGAGCUCGGCCGCCGGGAAGGCCACGUCAGAUCGAACAGCAUUCCGGCGAACUCCCUGGUGGCCCCGUACCGGAUGUCGUUGGACUACCAAGGCAUGCUCAAGAGGUCUUACACCGACGUCUUCUCGAGGCCGUACGGCCAUGGAUCUUUAGGGUUUUGGAAGGUGAAGCUGGUGAUAAGCCCUGAGCAGCUCUUGGAGAUUUUGUCCCAAGAGGGUCGGACUCAGGAGCUCAUCGAGAGCGUUCGGGCCGUUGCGAAGUGCGGGACCGGCGCCGUUUCGACGGCCCUAGGGUUCUCGGAUCAGUGGAGUCUUUCGAGUAGUAGCAGGAAUGCUUCCUGUAAUGUGGAUGGGUUGGAGGAUAUUAUUAGUUAGUGGAAAUAGUAUUUUGGAGAUAUGAGUUUUUUUUAAGUUUCUUUUUAAGGUUAAUGUAAGAAAAUAGUACACUUAUAUGGGUUGCUAAUUAAUUAGUUUUAUGUUUGCAAUCAUAUAUGAUA